GCCCAAAGCCUGCUGCAGCCCGGUUCCAAUUCUCAUACAAGAACAACCUCCAUCAGCGCGCAGCCAGUCCUCGCACGCUACGCAGACCCUCCCAACGGCAACAUCGGCACUCGACAUGGCGCCGCGCCCCUACACGAAUGAGGACAUACGCGCCUUCAGCUAUCCGCUUUGCCGACCCGGCGCCACCGACACGGUGGGUUUCAUCGGCAAGGUGCACACGUGUCGCCCCGGAGACAGCCAGCCGCAGGAGCCGCACCUAACGCUGCUGCGGGUCUGGUACUGGAUCGACGAGCCCAGCGGCCUGCUGGGUCAGACCAACGUGUGCAGCUCCCCCCUGCGUCCCGACUUCCUGCCCCGACACGAGGACGGCUCCGAGCCCGGCCACUACCAGAAGAAGUUCGAGUGGCCCUGGCCGCACAUGACGCCCGCCCGACUGCAUGAGACCAUUCGCGUGCGGUGCGUGCAACCCAGCAAUGGCGGCGAGCGCGGCGGAGGCGGCGGCGGCACCGGUGUGGGUGCGCAGGCAAUGGACGGCGUGGAGGGCGGUGCGGCGGCGGACACCGACGGCGACCGCACCGGCGCCAAGCGGCCUGGCACCUUCGCCUCCCACACCGCCACUGUGGGCGCCUACGUGGUCGGCGCCGGCCCCGACGGCGGCAUCAACACCUACCUGGGAGUGCCGGGAGCCACGGAGGAGGCGCGGGCGCGUGUGCCCGAGGGCGGCUGCCCGCCGCCCGGCUCGCCCUGGCCUCUGGAAUUCUUCAUCAAGGACGGCGCGGGCUGCCGCUGGGCGGGUGUGGUCAACUACGACACGGCCAGCGGCGGCCUCAACUGCUGCUGGCUGACUAAGGAGCUGCAGGUGGCAGUGGACCCGGGCAAACGCAACGUGCUGGAUGAGAUGGGGCCCAAGGUGCCGCCGCGGCGCGGCCUCCUGCCGGUGGACAGCUCCGGCGACGGGUGGGGCCUGCCGGCGGGCACCCGCGGCACCGCCGUGCGCACCUGGGUGGGCGAGCAAGGGCUGCUGCUGACGGAGGAGGGGCUGGAGGCGGUGUGGGAGCCGCCGGUGGAGAAGAGCCUGCCGCCGGGCCACGUGCUGCUGCGCAUGGUGGACGAGACCUACCUGCUGUGCCCCGACAACAACAUCACGCUGCCGCCGGGCGGCGGGCCCCUGCUGUACGAGUUCGGGGCGCGCAACGUGGCGCCGGCGGGCUCGCGGGGGUUCCAGCGCGUGUGCGCGCGCUUCGAGCCCGACGGGCUGCUGCAGGAGGUGCGCUACGAGCGCUUUGAGUGACGGGUGAUGAUGUGGAUUGUGGAGUGGGGCUGCUGGUUGCUGGAGGGCUGGUGGGGGGUAAUCAGUAACGGACUGACAGACAGGCGGACAGGCAGGCGGGCCCGAAGGAAGGUGGAGCGGCUGGUGGGGCCGAUGCGAGAUCCCGGGAUGCACAUUGAGUAGGUGGUGGCCUGGCGUGGCGAGAUGAAGGGGGCUGAGAUUGCUGCUUCAUUCCCUGGGGGAUCUGCUGGGGGGGAGUAAGUUACUGCUGAUGCAGGCUCAGUGCUCGUAUCUUCCUUCUUUUCGACAGAAAUUUGCCCAAAAAUGCCUCCGGCGAAAGAAAUUUUUGUAUUCUUGAGGCCAAAAAUCUGUCAAAACGCUUUAGGGUUUUGGGGGUCUUUCUGAGAUUCGCAGAAGACAUUUUAGGGCGUUUCUGUCACUUGUCCGGGCCCAAGGCAAGGGUGACUGAGGUUCCCCAGGAUUCUCUAUCUACGGCCGUGUCCUGCUGGCACCGUGGGGGCACACCAAGAUAGGGCAGCCUUCUACUAGGGGACGAGUCAUUACGUGGGUGGGUGAGCGUGGUGAGAGUGGGAGAGGGCGCUGGGGUUUGGCGUGGGGAUGGGCCACGUUUUGCCAUGGAGCCAUAGAGCCGGUGCAUAUCAGCAACCACCCCGCACGCUGUAACAGGGGCACAUC